AUGACUACAUCUAAGACUAUAAUAUUGGGGGUAUUGGCUUUACAAGGUGCUUUUCAAGAACAUAUUGAAUACUUCAAUAAGAUACUUGAAACAAAUCAAGAUGAAUAUAACGAAUACAAUAUUGAAAUUACCGAAAUUAGAACUAAAGAUGACCUUGAAAGAUGUGAUUCAUUAGUCAUACCAGGAGGUGAAAGUACUACUAUGUCUUGGAUAGCCAUUAGAACUCAUUUAUUAGAACCAUUAUAUGAUUUUGUAUCCUCUGGUAAACCAUUAUGGGGAACUUGUGCAGGAUUAAUCUUUCUAGCUAAAGAAUUAAAGAAUGGUAAAAUGCAUCAAAAAAUAUUAGGAGCUUUGAAUAUUCAAGUUACUAGAAAUGCAUUUGGUAGACAAUUGGAUUCAUUUUCAACUCAUCUUGAUUUCAGUUCAUUUAUUCCAAAUUGUACCGAUUUCCAAACUGUCUUCAUUCGAGCUCCAGUUGUUACUAAAAUAUUAUCAGUAUCUGAUAGUGACACAUCUAAACAAGAAGAAGCAAAACGUUCAUUAUCUCCACCUGAAAUUAUACGCUCGUUGAAUACUUAUAAUAAUACUGCGCCAGUUGAGGUUUUGUAUAGUUUGAAGAAUGUUGAUCAUCAUAACCAUGAUUUAAUAGUUGCUGUUAGACAAGGAAAUGUCUUGGGUACUUCUUUCCAUCCAGAAUUGGCUGAUGAUUAUAGAUUUCAUAAAUGGUUCCUCGAUGAAUUUGUUUUGAAGAACGUAGCCACUACAUAA